AUGUUGCUGCUCCGGGGGCUACUGGUGCUCAGCUUGUCCUGCCUGCAAGGCCCCUGCUCUGUGUUCUCUCCUGUGAAUGCCAUGGAGCCCUUGAACCAAAAGCUCAUGAACCAGCAGGCCCAGGAGAAGCUGUCCCCACUUACCCUUCUCAAGAUGGGCAACCAGGAAUUUGGAGACAAGGCUACUCUGAAGAGGGCCCCAGAAGACUGCAAGGGCGCCCCCACCCCUGAGCAGAACCACAGGCUGGCCCAGGCCAUGAUGGCCUUCACCAAAGACCUGUUCUCCCUGGUAGCCCACACAUCCACCAGCCCCAACCUCAUCUUGUCACCUCUGAGUGUGGCCCUGGCACUGUCUCACCUGGCACUAGGUGCUCAGAACCAAACGCUGCAGAAGCUGCAGCAGGUGCUGCAUACAGACGCAGGGCCUUGCCUGCCCCACCUGCUGAGCCGCCUCUACCAGGACCUGGGCCCCGGGGCCUUCCGACUGGCUGCCAGAAUGUACCUGCAGAAAGGAUUUCCCAUCAAAGAAGACUUCCUGGAACAAUCAGAAAAACUCUUUGGUGCAAAGCCCAUGAGACUAACGGGAAAGAAAGGAGAUGACCUGGCGAACAUUAACCAGUGGGUGAAAGAGGCCACAAAAGGGAAGAUUGAGGAUUUCCUCUCGGACCUGCCAGAUAACCUAGUGUUGCUUCUCCUCAAUGCCAUCCAUUUCCAGGGUUUCUGGAGGACCAAAUUUGACCCAAGCCUCACCCAGCGGGAAGUUUUCCACCUGGACGAGCAGUUCACAGUGCCGGUGGACAUGAUGCAAGCCCACACCUACCCUCUGCGUUGGUUCUUGUUGGAGCAGCCUGAGAUGCAGGUGGCUCAUUUCCCCUUCAAGAACAAUAUGAGCUUCGUGGUCAUUGUGCCCACUCGCUUUGAGUGGAACGUGUCCCAGGUGCUGGCCAACCUCAGCUGGAACAUCCUGCACCAGCCCUCGCUGCGGGAGAGGCCCACCAAGGUCCAACUGCCCAAGCUACAUCUGAAACACGAGCUGGACUUGGUGGCCACGCUCAGCCAGCUGGGCCUGCAGGACUUGUUCCAAGCCCCAGACUUGCGUGGGAUCUCUGACCAGAGCCUUGUGGUGUCGAGUGUGCAGCAUCAGUCCACUCUGGUGCUUAGUGAGGCCGGCGUGCAGGCGGCAGCAGCAACCAGCACGGCCAUGUCCCGCAUGUCCCUCUCCUCAUUCAUCAUAAACCGCCCCUUCCUCUUCCUCAUCCUUGAAGACACUAGGAGCAUACCUCUCUUUGUGGGCAUCGUGAGGAACCCCAAUCCUGGCGCGCAGUGGGAGCGAAAGGAGCAGCAAGAUUCCCCUGGCAGCAGGGACUCCUUCCAGAACAAGAAAGUCUUCUCCAGAGGAAACAAGCAAUUUGGCCCAGACUUGAAACUUGCACCCCCUUCAGAAGAGUAUUAUCCUCAAACUAGUAGCCCCAAGUGAGGGGCAGUGGUCAAGAACGUCCUGACUCCCUGCCUGGACAAUCUCUCAACUCAUGUGACUCUUUCCAAACAGCUUCAUAGGAUUAAGGGGGAAGGGGGGAUCUUGGUGGACAGGUGGGGAGAAGAGGGUGACAGUUCUCUCAGACUCGUUUUGGGGAGUUGGGGUGGGGUGGGGCCAGGAAGUGGACAGGCAUCAAGGAAUGGAGUGCCUUCCAAAGGGGCUCAGAGGGUCCCGCUGUUUGGGGCUUGGGCAGAGGGGCAGCUAUGAAUCCACUUCUUUCAGGAAGGUAGGUAGAUUAUUUCCUAAAUUGGCUGGAGCACCUCCAUGUUUGUUUACCAGAGCGGGAGGGGCAGGAGGGAUUGUAUACUCUGGUUGGGGAAAGGAAACAGUUCUGGGGGUGCCCCAGGGGGUAGAGGAAUGUCCUGGAUCAGACACCACGGGUCACCUUUGCUCUGUGGGGGGAGGUUCCAGAUUCCCUUGCCUCUACCAUUACCACCAGCCUCCAGUGCCCUCUGAUGUCCUUUCUUCUCAGUUCCCUGCCAGUUCCUGGAGAUACCACUGCCAGGAUCCCCCUUCCUUCCUCUCCUCUCUCCCUCCUCUGCCUGCCAUCUCAGGAGCUGAGGGCAGGAAGGGCUCCUUUGCUCCCUAAGGCUCUUUUGUAAAGUUUUUGUAGUGAUUUUUAUGCUACCUGAAUAAAGAAUGAAUGGGCCUGGC